AUGAGGAUGAGGAUGAGGAUGAUGACGACCCGGGAGAACAACAGUAACGACAAGAACGAGACAAAGGAGGAGGAGGAAGAAUACGAAGAAGACAAAGAAGAAGAAGAAGAAGGAAAGAAGAAUACGAGGACGAUGACGCUUCUAAAAGUCGGGAGUCGUUUGAAGAACGCUUCGAGUAUAGACGAAAUCCUACCGACUGAUGCGUUGUUGCACGUCAUCUCCUUCUUACCGAACGGCGCGGAUGUGUUUAAAUUCGCCUGCACGAAUAAGAAGUUAUAUCGAAUGCUCGUGGAAAACGACCGAGAGGAUGAGAAAAUAUGGAAACGUUUGUGCAAGAAACAGGAGGAUACGUUUAGUUUAGGAGGAAGAAAUGGACGCGCGAGAGAGGAUUUAGUCGUCGGCCUCGAGAACAUAAACCAUGGCAGAAGAGGAAGAAGACAAUCACAAUCACAAUCACAACAACAACGAAGAGGAAGAGGACUUUUAGGAAGAGAAACGAAACCUUCGGCGUCCUUCAGCCAAAGUGCGCGAGAAGAUGAGAAAAAAUUGUCGAAGGGUUGGAGGAAAAGAAGAAGAAACAGAGCAGCGUUUAUGGCACUAGCGGCAAAGGAAAAGAAGAGGAACGAGGAGGAGGAGGAGGAAGAAAGGGAGGAAAACUUUUUCAAGUGGAGAGAUUUGUACGCCUGGAGAAGACGCGUACUCUUCUCCGCGAGACGAGCGCGAGAACAAGAAGACGAGGAAAGAAGAGCGUCGUUGGAAUCAUCGGCAUCGCUCGAAGAAGACGAAGAAAAAGAGUGGACGCAAUCGAUGUCUACUUCCACUUCUUGGAUGUCAACACAUUUGAAGUAUAGAUUAGCCGUGUGUGACGAUAAGUCUGUAUUCACCUGCGACCCGCGCGAAGACGGCGGAAUGAUACGAAUGCUGCACGAAACGACCAUGAAUCGAUUCGUAUUCACCAGUUUGACCUGGUCGAACAACGGCGAGUUGUUGUCAGUCUUGAUGCAAUCUUUGAAAGGGUACUCAGUUUUGUGCGCGGCGCCACACGAGAGCAAUUUUUGGAGAGCUAAGAUGAAAUGCGAUCUGAGCACGAUGGCAAAACUAUCCAGAGAAGAUGAUUUGGACGACGAUGGAGAUAGCGGCGGGAAGAAUAAAAAAGGUUUGAAAAUCAUAGAUGAGGAAGAAAAAGAGAACGAAGAGAAGAGGAGGAAAUUGGCCGGAGAUGUGUUGUCCGCUUUGGACGACUCUGCUGAUGAAGGAAGAGUAUUAGACGGAGAGGAAGAAAAAGAAGCCGAGGAAUACGACGCGGAUAUGGACGUAAACUCUGAGAAAGCGGCUGAGGAAGAAGAGGAAGAAGCCGAGGCGUUUCCUUUGUCCAAGAAAAUCUUCGACAUUUACGAGUCAGAAGAAGAAGAAGAAGAAGAAGAAGAAGAAGAAGAAGAAGAAGAGAAAGAAGAAGACGAUGAAAGGAAUGAAGGCGGCGACGACGAAGGUUGCAAGAAAAAGCGCAAAACGACGAAGCAUACUUCCUUUUUGCUACAAACAGCCUCGGGAAAGAAAAGAGGAGAGAAGAAUGACACGUCAACGAAAAAGAGAAAGACGAUUUACGAAAAGAAGGAAAAGAAAGAAGUCACGAUCAAGUUACCGUCUUCACCUCCUCCGCUCGUUAAUUGUAUCGUCUUGCCGACGACGAUGGUUCCCUUUGGAAUUCAGUUUGCUCCGUGCGGAACAAAGUUGGCCAUUGUUGCGAAAGAAAAAGCGAUCGUACCGCAAGUUCAAGUGCAACAACAACCAACGGUAUCAGCAGUUCCAGUACCAUUACCGCAACCUGCGAUAGGAGCAGCGGAAGCAGCAAUAGCUAACGACGGCAAUAAUGAUGAUAAUCCACCUGCCGCAGCCGAACUCGAUGAGGUAGGCGGUGAAGUGAACGCGCAAGCGGCAGUGGCCGAGACGGUUGCCGGGGCACCCAAUCAAAAUAAUGUGGGCGUUCAGACGAUGGAAAAUCAACAGCAACAACAACAAAACACGGUCGAUCCUCCUCCUCAGGUUCCAGAGAUGCAAAUGCCACAAGGGCGAGAUGUCUCGUUAUCCAUGCUCGAUUUAGUACAAACGAUGAAUUCUCUGUAUGGAUUCGCGAACAAUGGGUUGAAAUUUCCUCGAGCGUCUCAUCCAGGUGGCCGCGAGAUUGUGCAGAAGAUUGAACAGAAAGAUGCGAGCAUGUUCUUCUCGUUCGCGCCGGACAAUUCGGGUGACAUGAUAGGCAUUUCGAAAAAGUUGAGCGCAUUGCGCUUGAUUGAAAAUGCGACGAAUCUUCCAAUUUCUAGAGGAAAGAAAAAGAAAUCUUUAUUUCCCGAGGACGAAUUAGACGCGUAUCAUCGUGGUAACGGUGAUUAUCAUCGCCACCAUCACGACACGUCAACGCCGGUGCCGUUAUCUUUUCAACAACAUUACAUCAAUUCCAACAAAAGAUCGAUGUCGGAAGAAGGACAGCGGAGAGGAGACAUGAUGGCUUUGGACGAUGAUGAAGUUGAUUUAAACGAAUUAAAUGUCAUGAAUGAACACGCGCGAAUGCUCCACUCAUGGGAACAACGCGAGGCCGAAGUCAUUUCUGGGUUCCUCAAGUAUCCACUUUGGAAUCGAACGAAAAAGUUUGUUUGCACCGUGGCGAAUCAUUCACUUACUCCCGCAAUCUCCAAGUUGACCUCUUUCGUCACAGAAAGUGGUCAAAGACUGAUUCAAGUGUGUCGACAGCCCGUGCUUCAGUUACGUUUGAAGAGAAAACGAGGAAUGCGGAUGAUGAAUGAUUCCGAUAAUGAAGAGUUCAAUGAUGACGAUAGUUUUCGCAGUCUAUCGAGCGACCAAUACGACGGACGUCAGCAUGAUGAUAUGGCAGGUGGAUAUACGAACAGAAGGGUGAUACCACCGCAGAUUAACAAGUUUUCUUCGUUAUCCUCAAAGCAGUUGUACGAGCAAGAAAUGAUGUCGCUGAAAGAAACGACGAGGGUGCCCCUCGCGCGCUCUGAGUCAAAGGCUCGAUUUUGCAAGAAGAAGGAUGUGCUUUGGCAAAUCGGCAGAGGGCACGUUCCAAUUACGCACCACGUGCAUUGGAUUCCGGGUAAACGAAACACUCAAAAUCAGAUGACGGCGGCUUCGUCACGUGGACAUUGGUUGGUUCCGUUUACUUUACCAGAUUCCUUUCCUCCGAUUACGUACAUGAUGCUCAUACCAGCGCCGCCGUCAUCUCUUUCCUCUUCUUCAAAAUCGACGGCAACCACAGAACUUGAAGUUGGUGAGAGGGAAACUUUUCUCGACGACGACGACGGCGAAGAAGAGGGUGAGGAGGAACCUCUAAACGUGGACAAUUACAUCAAAGAUGUCAUCGCCAAACACCAACAAAAUCAGCUGUUUGACCAACUUUCGAAAGAACGCGAGCUAGGUGCCAAGAGAGAUAUUUCAAAGUUUGAAAAACUCAUCGUGUGCGAAGUUCAACCUUCCUCUGUGUUUGUUGAACCAGAUGUGACGGUCCCGUUUGUGCUAGCCGCUAGACCUGGUGGCGAGCACGUCGCGUGGGCGGACGAACGCGCCGUUUACUUGAGACGCACGGACCCGAUCAAAGGUGGACCAAUCAGCGACGCGGUGAAAAUUCUCGAUUUGAACGCGUGCACGUUUAGUACCAGAGACGAAUAUAACACCGAGUUUAUGACGUACGAAGCAUACGGCCAAGGAUUAGCGGGUGACCAGCCGCUAAACGCAAUCGUGGAACCGAUUUUAUACUACGUCGUCGCUUUGAAAUGGUCCAACUCUGGCGAUAGGUUGUUGAUAUGUUUGUGCACCGUCUUUAGCGGCGCAAGCACGUAUUGCGUAUACCAGUGGGUCACUUGGGAUCCGCCCGGAGCUUUCUUUUACAAGGAAGAGGACUUUCCGUUUGAGGAUAUUUGUAACACCUUGUUAGACGAUAGCGCAAGCGCGCUCGAGGUGGAUGAAAACGGCCGCAUUGAAGACUGCGCGACAAUUACCAUCGGCAGUUAUUUUUUCCCUUCUCGACAAUUUAAAGAAAAAGUCUUGUUAGUUGAUGGUGGAUUGAAACAAAUCUGGUCGCCAAACGAAGACGCAAUCGUGUUUCCAGUCAUGCUUUCGAUCAAGAAAAGUCCUCUGCCGACAUACACAACGAGCACGCAAACCAACGCGACGCAGCAGCAGCAACAACAGCAGCAGCAACAAAAUGCGUUCGUCGAUUUCAUUGUCAUCCAAGAAUUUCCUCUCGCAUCGAAAAAGACGACAAGCAGCGAUGAGAAGAAUAACAGAACUAAUAAAAAGAAAGGUAACAACAUUAGAAAUAGUAAGCAGCAGCAACAAAAACAACAACAACAUCACGAAAAGGAAGAGAGAUUGCGAACGUAUCAAAUCGACGACGAAAUAGCGAUUCCGUUUCGCGCUAGGUUUCUCCCGAAGAAACACAAAGGUAAAAAUUUCAUUCGAGUUUGCGAAGGCAAAUUCUGCGCGUGGUCGCAAUAG